CAUAUUUCUAAAUUUCUCUUAUUUUAUUGGGGAGAGUGAGACUGAGAGAGAGGAAUGGCGAGAUUCUCGUUAGGCGGAGAUGAGGACGGAGAAGGCGAGGGAUCCCGCAGCCCCAGGCACAAAAGGCCUCGUCUGAACGGUCUGAAUUCUCGUCGAUUUAACGCAUCCACCUCCGCCAGCACCCCCACCAGAAUCGUACAACCGCCGCCGCCGCCACCAGAACCACCACAACAGCUACAGAUCGUCGAGGAAGAAGAUGAACGAGUAUCCGCAGAAGAAGAUGAUAGUGAGAGCGAAAACGAUGUAGAAGAAGACGACGACGAAGAAAGUCCUGGAAAUGAAGACGCCGACACCGGAGACAGCGACGAAAGUGAUGAAGAGGAAGAAGCAGCUGAAAUUACCAUCUUACCCCAAUCACCACCACGCAUUCCGCGGCGGCUUCUCGUUCGUUCUCUUGCCCAGUACCUCGCAAGAGACAACGACCGUCAAGUAGGUUCUGCUUCGGGCAGCCUUGCAUCCACCGCCACCGCCGCCGGAGUCCAAGAGGCUCCUCCUUCCAUCUCCCCCGCCCCCGCCGCCCCCGCCCCCGCCCCCGCCACCGCCACCGCCACCGCCAUCGAUGCCUCUGUUGUCUUCACCCUAACCGAAUCAGACGUCCUUGAUUGUUUCAUUUGCUGUGAGCCCUUGACGGUCCCUGUCUACCAGUGUGAAAACGGGCAUAUAGCUUGCUCCUCUUGCUGCACCAAGAGUAAAAAUAAAUGUCCCACCUGCUCCUGGCCCAUUGGUUAUAAUCGUUGCCGAGCCAUUGAGAACGUUCUGGAAGCAAUAAGAGUUUCAUGUCAAAACAUCAAGCAUGGCUGCAAAGAGUCGAUGACUUACAACAAGAAAAAUGAACAUGAAAAGGCAUGUAUAUUUUCACCUUGUUCAUGCCCCCAGUCAGGAUGCAACUUUGUCUCUCCAAGCAAGCAGUUGUACCAACACUUCAGCAGUAAUCAUGUGAACUCUGCAUAUCGCUUCCGGUACAACUGUGUGUUUUUUCCAUCACGUUAUUUCACAGGGAAAAAUCCCAUACUCUUCAAGAACAGAAUGAUGGCACAUUAUUUAUCCUCGACAACGUGGAAGAAAGUCUUGGAAAUAUAGUGUCGAUUAGUUGUAUUCAACCCAGCUUCAUGGGAGGCUUCUACUAUGAUCUUCUUGCUCGAACCAAGAAUGGAAAGGGAAGUAGUCUCAGACUUCAGUCUUUCGCAAAGAGCAUUCCUGGCCAGGUUAGCAACCCUUCUUCGACAGAUCACUUGAUAAUCCCAUGUGGUUUUUUCGAAAAUGGUGGCAGCCUCAAGAUGGAUCUCCGCAUAUGGCAUAAAGGUAAGCCCCCCCUCAAACUUACUAUGGCCUAAUCCGCCCCAUACCAAAGGCUGUAGUAUAAAAUGAAUAGCAUGGUUUUACUUAAACCAUUGGUCGUUAAGGCGUAUCCUCAAAAUACCGAUAUCACUCUGAACUGUUGGAUCCGCUGUUUUUAAUGUUUCUAAAUGUUACUGAAGAUGGCCUUUUCUUCUUAUGGACUUCAUUUCUUGUUACUGACUGUGCCCGCGGUCACACCCACACCCACCGGUUAUGCCCCUCGAUAUGUACAUGUAUGCAAUAAGUCGCUGAGUUGUUGGUUCUUUUCUGUAUUAUUUUUCGGUUCUGUGAAUCUGUGAUUAGGACCAGCAGCAGUAUGCCUGAAAACCAUGUCCCAUGUAAAAAAGAACCGAUGAAGUAGAAAUCCGGACAACAGAAACAAAGCACCAUUGUUUGUAUUAAGAUUGAAGAUAAAUAUGGUUGAGAAUUGGUUAUGUUUAUUUA